AGGGGGGUUGGUUGGGGAGGGGGGGGCGUAGGAGACAGGUGUAUUUCGGAGAGUCGGGCUCAAGUGCCCGAUCAGUAGUUGUGUGAUGGUCUCAGGGUGGUGCCCGUGCGUGCCAUUAGGGCGCCGGGAAUCACCGGCCCAACAACAACAACAACAACAACAACAACAACAACAACAACCGCCAUCAUCAUCAUCAUCAAGAGGGGGAUUCACCAACGACGGUGCACCAUUCACCGUCAGCGCCGCGACGGACCGAGCAGAAAUGGUCCAAAUGUUCUAUUAUGAGAAUCGUGGCAAGUGUUGUAAGAAACUCCUAAGAUACAACGGCUAUCCGAAUAAGGUCCUAUUGUUUCCAGAGGAAGGUUGGGCAAGGAGUGCUAGCAGUUCCUAUUGGACAUUAACGCCAUUCUGGUGGAGUCGUAGUCGGUGUAAGGUCGUCGAAGUUGCCGGAACGAGAAGGUAUAGUACUCAGGCAAAAAUGGUGGAUACGGGAACGGGGACGCUUUAUAUCAUCGGCUCGUUCAAAAGAAUGACGACGGAUCCCGAUUUUAAGUUGUACCUGACGUCGAACGUGUCAUCGAGCGACUUUAACAUGGGCUACAGCAUGACGGGUACGUUGGAACGUGGCUGCAAGAAGACUAAUUCCUUCCAGAUGACCCAUUUUGCAGUGAUCCGUCGACGGGACUACGAAAAGGCCUAUGAAGAUCCAAAUCCCACCUAGUGUCCGUCCACACCCACACUAUCGGAGUGUGGGGAUUGCGAACACUAUACGUAGGAGUUGCCAAUCAGAUCAAUCCAUCAGAAUAUUUACAGGAUGAACCUUAUAACGUUAAUAUAUAUUUUAUUUCAUUAUCAAAAUAAUAU